AUGGGGUGCACACCUUCGCAUAGUGGUAUUAUUCAUAGUAUUGUAAAAAAUACAUCAAUACCAUUAAAGAAAAAUGGACCCAUCCCUACCUCUAGCUUGGAUAAUAAUGGAUUUACAAACACUUUGGGUAAAAAUGACUCAAACUUUUAUGAUGCUGAUGGUGAACUCAACUCUGGAAUAAGUCUAGAAAAUGGGCAAAGAAUAUCCAACUUGGAGAAGGAUGGUUGUAAGGAUAGGAUGGAUAAAAAUACAUUGAUGCUACAGGAACAAUGGAAAAAAGAAACCGUGGAUGAAGCUAUGGUAAAGUUAAGUUACCAAAAAGGCAAAACAGAAAGGACAUAUGCAAGGAAGCAGAGUUCAACAGGAUCUGAACAAGACAUUGGAGAUGAAAUUGUACAGGAGAGUAAUAGAAGGAAAGGCAAAAAAUCAAAGAGUCAAAGAAGCCACAAACAAAGUCGGCGUGUCAAGUCAAGAGAUAAAGAUUUACUCUUUCCUGAGACAGAAAAAAAGGUGGAUUUUCCUGAGCUUCUUGUUAAGGCUCAUCAGAAUGCCUAUGCUUACCUAAAUCCUAAUUUAUCCAAAUAUGAAGCUAUCAUUUCUAUGGCAAAUCAAGCUUCUGAAACACAGCUUAUAAUGCAGCAGAUGGUGAGCUUCAUGACUCUGAGAUUUGAAGAGAUCAACCAGUGUUUGGAAGAAAUUGCAGAGGAUGGGGAAAAACUUUUAAAAGAAGUAGGAAACAAUCUUGCUUGGCCUCUUGGAAAAGGAAAUCCUACGGAACAGCCAGAUCUACUGCAACAACUGCUGCAGUACACAGUUAACAAAAUGCAAACAAUAAAUUGUACAGUCUCCACAUUAACUUCAAAUACUUUGCAAGAAACCUGUAACUAUUUACAAUCAGCUUCCAUUACCCUUCAAGAAAAAUUUAAAGUUAAGCAACUCUAUGAUGAACGUCUUCUUAGGACUAUAAAAUUGUUGGAGACAUCAGCUGUUGGCCCUCCACAGAUCUAUCCAAAUGAUGUGACUCUUUAUUCUGAGGACAGUGGUAUUGGAGUUGACAAUGAAUCUAUUAAAGAAUCUAGAUCCAUAAGCAAACAUUUACGAAAAAGAAGUGAUUCAGAGAGUUUGGGGAGAAAUCCAGAAAUAAUCUCUCAACAUGAGUCAAUCACUGGAAACAAGAUGGCUGAACUCACUGAUGCAAAUCUGAACAAAAAUGAAAGUUUUAAUUAUUCAUCAAAAAAUAAACAUACCCCUUUAUAUGUUAAAAAAAGAUCCAGCAUAGGAGAUAAUAUUUCCAUCAACUCUCUUGGGUCCAGUACAACUCUUGAGCAAGACAGCAUUAAUGGCCAAGAAACAGAAGACACAGCGGGCAAUGAUGAUAGUUCUGAUGAAAGUGAGGACAACACAAGUUUAUCGGAUCAAAUUAGAAUGCCUCAAAGACCUAUGACUUCUCCAGCAGGAACAGGUACUUAUAAACUUUCAUCAAAAUGGUUAGAAAAUCCUGAAAAUGAGGAAAUGUCAUUAAAAAUGAAAGAGGCAAUCAGUGAAAAAAUCAAAUUUGUUCCUGAGAAAUUAAAUAACCAAAUGUGGAUUAGAGAAGAAGGUGAGACAUUGGCCUUAAUAAGGCCUAGCUCUGCAAGUGCACGCAGAAGAAAAACAUCUAAACAUAGACGAUCUAGAUCAGUAGAAUCACUCAAAAGUCAAGCAGAGGAUCCCACUCUUUUAGAACUUCAAAGGACUCAAAAAGAGCUCACUAAAAAGCUGGAACAAUUACAUUUGUCCAACGGAAAUAAAAACAAAGAAAUGCAAACAAAUGCCAAUAUUAAAUCAUUUAACCACAGAAAUGACAAUAUUGCACUAAGUUCUUCUACCAACAAACUUAAAGCAUGUCUUGACAAAUGUUUUAAUAUUUUGCCAAGCCAGGAAAGAGUAAUCUUAACAACAUCAGAUCAGAGUAUAGAAAAUAACUUAGAUAACAAUUCAUGUGUUGUGCUGGAUACAUUCUUACAAAAACAAAGUGCUCAAACUGAACAAAAUGUUGCUUCUGUUGAACGAAAACCAGAGAGUAUGAGCAUGUCCCCUCGUCAAUCUGUUAGAAAGCUAAUUGAAACAUUUAGCCCGGGAGACAAUUCCAUAAAACAAAGAUCAUUAGGGCCACUAAGAUGUAUUCAUAAGUUUGGUGUACCUGUUCUUCCUCCUACUAUUUCUGCCUACCGAGGAUUACAACCUCUAAAUCACAAACACUCUCUUUUACCCACAAACGAGUUGCCUUCUGAUGAUUUAAACACAUGCCUAAGUAAGUCUUUCACUAGUUUUCCUUCUGACCUAUAUUCAGAUGUCAUCAAAUCUGAUCCAAAUGACAUAGGGGCUGAUGACAUAGAAAACUUGCCUCCUCCUCCUCUUGAAAUACUUAUGGAUGAUUCAUUUAAUGUACUCAAAUCUGAUUAUUUAAAGCAUCAUAUGUAUCAAAGUAUCAACUUAGAACCUGGAGCUAUAAAGAAAAAAACAACUUCUCAAAAAAUGAAAGGCACAAUCACUGCAAUAGACCUAUUACCAAAUAAAAAUGGUACUGAUGCAUACUUUUCAACUGAGAAGGCUUUAAAAAACCAGAUUAACAGUUUCCCACUAAGAAAAUGUUCUUUGGGAGCAGUUCAGCAACUUGCAACACAAACGGAAAAAGAUAGGGGUACUGAAAUGCAAAAAAGACAUGAAAUAGAGCAGGCUGCACAUUUAUACAAACAGUCACACAAAAUAAUCCCCCUUCAGAAUCCUGGUGAAUUGAUUAAGUCAAGUAAUGAUGGAGAGAUUACAGAUCCAUGCACUAAUGGACCAACUUUGAUUAAACAAAAACAAUGCUAUUCUACAAUACAAAAGAGUGUGAAGACUGAACCAGUAGUUAGAAGGAUCUCCCCAACAAGGGCCACAGCUCCAUCUCCACCAUGUGAAGGAAAACUUACAAGCCCGCCAGUACCCAGAGCUAUAUUUAAAAGCCACUCACAUGUACAACCAAGUCCUCCAUCGCUACAGAAUAACAUCAGUCCUGUAGGAUCAAAAAUGCAGAGCCCCCCUUCGCAACGUAAGUUACCUAGUCCCCCAUCUCAACGAAACGUGCCUAGUCCCCCUUCUCCGAGGAAGGUGUCUAGCCCACUAUCUCAGAGGAAGGUGUCUAGCCCACCAUCUCAAAGAAAGGUGUCUAGCCCUCCAUCUCAACAAAAGGUGCCCAGCCCUCCACCUCAACGAAAGGCACCUAGCCCUCCAUUGCAACGGAAACUGCCCAGCCCUCCAUCUCAACAAAAGCUAUCCAGCCCUCCACAAGUACGAAGACAGCAAAGUCCUCCAAAUCAACGUAGACUUCCCAGUCCACCAAGCAGUCGUAGGGAACCUAGUCCUCCCUCUCACUGCACCCCUUCUCCACCUCUUUCUCCAUCAUUUUCACAAAAGGGAUUAAGGCAUAGCUCUGAUGAACAACAGUCUUCAUCCAAAAUGAUUGGCAAUGCACAAUCAAUAUUUUGCCCGUCAUCAACUUCCUUGUUUGAAGCUAAGUUACCAUCUCCACCAAGCACCUCAAAAACAGAAGUAGCAUUUAAUCAAAUUAAAGGCCCCAUACUGAGAAACAGCUUUUCUAACCGUCAGUAUGAUGACCAACAUAGAAGAGUUGCAAUGAGUGCAGCCAACCCUCAACCUUUUGUUCGAAGGUGCUUUUCUGAGAGAAGGCCACGGGUUCAACUUAGAAUUCCAGUUUCAAUUUCUGCUGCCUCGACUAGUGAACCAGAUCUUCAGAAACUUAGUGCUGAGGAUACCAUGCACAAAGAGAACGAGCAGCAGGCAAGCCAGUGUUUAUCUGAACUCAAACCAUCUAAUCAAACAGUAACUCAUCCCCAGCUUUGCAUCGUUGGUCAAGGACUUCAGAAAGAGUGA